AUGGAUAUUAGUAAGGAUAAUAAAAGUAUAGAUAUUGAUAAGGACAAUAAAAUUAUAGAUAUUAAUGAUAAUAAUGAAAUUAUAGAUAUUAUAGAUAUUAGUAAUGAUGAUAUAGAAAUAAUAGAUAUUAAUAAUGCUAAUAAAUUGCAUAAUUUAAUUAGUUGA